GGUAGCACAGCCCUGUGGGAAAUAUGCGGAGACAAAACCCGUUAUCUACAAAUCAGGUAAUAAACACCCGUUCAUUUUUGCAGAACAUACACAUUAACAGUAUUGAUAUAAGCCUGUACCCUAUAAACAUGUUAUACUACAUGUGUUCCUAGUGUAAAGCGGUUACGUAGUCUUAAGAAGUCUCUGAUACCCAACCAAAAUCCCAGCGUAAAUCCCAAAGCACUUACAACAUUACCGGAAACAAGCAAUUAACUUGUUUUUAGCAAACAUUAAGUCAUCCUCAGAGUGAGCCGUUACUCAGUGGAGCGGAUGCACCGUCUGUAUAAACGUGAGGACUUUAGCAGAACUCCCUACCUUGGCCUCGCAGGUCCCAUCUGCCCUGCCAACACCCGGCCACAACUGCAACAUGAGGAGCACGGUGCUGGCGCUGGCCUCACUCGCUCUCCUGGUUGCGGCAAGGGAAGCAAAAGGUGAAGGGAACACUGUGAAGCUCUGUGGGAGAGACUUUGUCAGAGCCAUCGUCUUCACCUGCGGCGGAUCUCGGUGGAAAAGGCAUUUGACUGAUUAUCGCUACCUGUUUGAGGGUGAAAACCCCCUGCCUUUCUCACCAGAGAACAACAUUUAUGCUGACUCCUGGAGGUACACAGACCAGAGGCUGGAGACCAUCGAUGAAGAAAUCCACAAUGACAAGCCUGAGACAGAGCGAGACCUGCAACGCACCAGGAAAAAGUCUAUGCUAAAAAAGCGUGAAGUAGCCAAAUUGCUUACCACAUCCUGCUGCAGCAUCGGCUGCAGCAAGAGAGAGAUCAGUUCCCUGUGCUAAAAUGCAGCAGGCGGUGGUGAGGUUCAACAUCACAGCUUUCACAUAUUAAAAUAAUCAUGACAUAAACCACAAUUACAUCAGUUGUAUUCUUUAAUUGUAGCUUUAUUCUUUGGAGUAUGCUAGGGAGUAAAGGCUGAAUGUUAAACGUCAUAGUGCAAACGGCUGCAAUGACAGUUCAGGUUGCUGGCAGGGCCUGGCACACACUUUACUUCUGACAAACACCAUUUAACGGGGAUGGUUUCAAAAUGCUUUUGUGCAGGUUGGGCUGCCUGGAUUCCACAAAGCCUUUCCAGCAGUUGAGAGUUAAACUUUUAGUUGUGAGUUUAAAUAAUUCUUCCCAUCUAACUACUGUUCUAGUUUCAGCUUUGCACACAAAAUUAAUACAAUAAGCAAAUUAUUAUACGCUUGUUCUGUUAU